CCUCUCCCACUCUGCGAGGGAGCGAGGGACGUGACGUCACGUGAGCGCGCAGGUACGCGCGUGUACGGGGCCCGCAGGAAUGGACGCAGACGGUGAGCAGGGUGUUGACAGGUGACCGGCCGAAGAAAACAGGCCUCCUUGUUCCGCUGCCUGCCGUCAGACCCCGGCUCCUCUCCCCCGGUGUGGCCGCUCCUCCGGCCCUCCUCCCCGGACUCCCCCGCGCCGUCCGCCCCGGCAGAAGGAGACAUGUCGGAGGGCAUCCCCAACGAGCUGCUCGAGGGCGUGCUGCAGGCGGUGGGCCGCGGCGUGAAGCUGGCCCUGAGGCGCACAGUCCAGCUGGAGGUCAAAGGUGACAAGCUGGAGAGCAGAGUGCUGGCGCUGGCGUGGCAUCGGGCCUACCUGCUGAGCGCCCGGCUCCCUGCUAAGGUUGAACAUUCCUUCAACUACCUGGAUAUCCAGGGAAUCAGCAGCAACAAGCCCACUCAGCUGGUGCUGGAGAGCGAGCGCGGCCCCCCCUGGAGCCUCCAGCUGGGCUCGGUGGACGAGGUGGACGAGGUGAUCGCUCACAUCGGCAGCAGCCUGCAGCGGAUCUGCCCGGCCCGCUCACCUGUCAAGUCGAUGAAGAAGUUGAGCCUGAAGCCCCCGGAGAGGACGGCGUCCCUGCAGGCGGCGUGGGACGAGCAGGCCUCCGCCGACGUGGGGCCGUGCGGCGGGUUUUCCCAUCAGUACUGGUGUGUGUGUGACUACCUGGGCCUGCCCUGCAGAGAGGAGGUCCAAUGGGACGUGGACACCAUCUACCUCACGCAGGACACCAAAGAGCUCAACAUGCAGGACUUCAUUCACCUGGAGAACAGGGAUCUGGUGGCGAUCAUCGCAGCUCUGGAGUUCAACCAGUGGUUCACCAAACUCUCCACCAAGGACUUCAAACUGUCGACGGAUAUCUGUGAGCAGAUCUUGAGGGUGGUGGCUCGGUCCGGCAGGCUGGAGGAGCUGGUGCUCGACAACACCGGACUCAAAAGUGACUUUGCUCAGAAGCUGGCCAGCUCUCUGUCGUACAACGCGGCCUCCACGCUGCAGACGCUCAACCUGAGCAACAACCCGCUGGAGGACAAAGGUGUUUCCGCUCUAAGUGCUCAACUCGCCAAACUCCCCAUGGGCCUGAAGCACCUGAACCUCUCCAGGACCUCCAUGUCUCCUAAAGGUGUGAACAGCCUCUGUCAGGCUCUCGCCGCCAACCCGUCGGUCGCCGCCGCACUCGCUCACCUCGACCUGUCGGGGAACUCGCUCAGGGGCGACGACCUCCAGAACCUGCACAGCUUCCUGAGUCAUCCGAACUGCCUGCAGACGUUGGACUUGUCCAACAGCGACUGCUCUCUGGAGCAGGUGUGUGCUUCUCUUCUCAGAGGAUCCUUGAAGCAUCUCUCUGUCCUCAACAUGUCCAAGUCUGUCUUCUCCCACCGGAAGUGUAAAGAAAUCUCUCCGUCCUUCAAGCAGUUCUUCAGCAGCUCUCAGGCUCUGAGCUCGGUCAACCUGUCGGGAACCAGGCUUCCUCUGGAGGCCCUGAAAGCUCUGCUGUUGGGUUUGGGCUGCAACCCCAACCUCAGCGACGUGUCCCUGGACCUCAGCUGCUGCGAGCUGCGUUCUGGAGGCUCCCAAAUCCUGGAGGGUUGUGUGGCCGAGAUUCCCAACAUCUCCAGUCUGGACAUUUCUGACAAUGGUCUGGACAUGGAUCUGACCACCCUGCUGGUGUGGCUGGCCAAGAACCGCUCCAUCCGGCACCUGUCGCUGGGCAAGAACUUCAACAACAUCAAGUCUAAAAAUGUGUCCCAGGUUCUGGACAACCUGGUUCUCAUGAUCCAGGAGGAGGACUCGCCGCUGAACUCUCUGUCCCUGGCGGACUCCAAGCUGAAGACCGACUUGUCCAUCGUCCUCAACGCGCUGGGCAGCAACACCUCUCUGACCAAACUGGACAUCAGCGGGAACUCCAUGGGAGACAUGGGGGCCAAGAUGCUGGCCAAAGCCCUGCAGAUCAACACCAAACUCCGGACGAUCGCGUGGGACAGAAACAACAUCAGUCCUCAGGGUCUUCAGGACGUCGCUGCUGCUCUGGAGAAGAACCACACCAUUCGCUUCAUGCCCAUUCCCAUCAUGGAUGCCGCUCAGGCGCUGAAGGCGAGCCCGGAGAAGACGGAGGAGGCCUUGCUGAAGAUGGAGCAGUACCUGCUGAGGAACCACGAGACGCGCAAAUACCUUCAGGAGCAGGCGUACAGGCUGCAGCAGGGAAUCGUCACCACCACCACGCAACAGAUGAUGGACAUGAUCUGCGUCAGGGUGCAGGACCACCUGAACUCUCUGAGGUUCACAGAGACCAGCGCGGUCCAGGAGGACGUGAAGGUGGCGGAGAACGUAAUGAAGGACGCCAGGAACUCCAAGAAACUGCUCCCCAGCCUGCACUACCUGAAGAGCGCCGGGUCCAGCGGCGCGUGUGUCGGGGCCAUCCAGGACAAACUGGAGUCCAUGGCGGGAGAGGUUGCCUGGGUGAUAGACGACCAGCUGCAGACAAUGCUGGUGUCCAUGGUGGACGCCGCCGAGGGCCUCUGUCCUCAUGUGAUGAAGAGGAGCAGCCUGCGCCAGGAGCUGCUGAAGGCCGGAGCGGGGAGGAUGACCGUCCCUCGCAGCUUCAUCACCACCACGCUGCUGGAGCAGUCCGGGGUCGACAUCAUCAACAAGAUCAGCGAGGUGAAGCUGAGCAUGGCCUCGUUCCUCUCCGACCGCAUCGUGGAUGAGAUCCUGGAGUCUCUGUCCAGAUCGCAGCAGACUCUGGGCGACCAUGUGAUCAGGAAGAGUCACCCCCUGCUGCACCGCGAGCCCCCGGUGGAGACGGAGGUUCUGGAUGAGAUGGUUCUGCAGCCGGAGAAGCAAAGCGAGACACACGGGCUGCAGGAUCUGGACAGCUGCAUGAUGACUCCUAAGUCCAAAAGGAGGAGCAUUCUGGUGAGGAUGCUGCGACCCGUCUCUGUGGCCUUCGAGAUGGAGUUCGACCUGGACAAGGCUCUGGAGGAGGUUCCCAUCCACGUUGAGGACCUUCCUCUUCCUUCUCCUCCUGCACAGCCAUUGGACAGAAUGUCAGCCCCCCAGGGAGACGUCCUCCCUGCCCCCCCUCCACUGGACACCAAGCCUGUCCUUGUGGGCGAGUUGCCGCCUGUGGAGCAUAAGAUGCUGGAGCAUCACACCAAACUCCGACCCAAACCCAAGAAGAGGACCAAACCCAGCCGGCCAGCUCGAAACGCCUCCGGCAGCCCGACGUCACAAGAACCCGAGCAGAACUGCAUCAUGGGAAAGCUGGACGAGGGCCUGGAGGACUUCUUCUCCAAGAAAGUCAUUAAACUCAGCUUCAAACUCCCCACUGUGAAAGGUCCGUCCUUCAGCUCGCAGGAAGCAGCUGAGAAGAAACGCGAAUCCAGAAAGAGCGGCUUCUUUAACCUCAUCAAAUCCCGGACGUCCCGCUCAGAGAAGACCAGCGGCGCCGCCUCCCUCGCUCCGCCCCACCCGGCCUCCUCCACCUGUAUUACCGCGGUCACUGAGGAAACGACCCCUACGACCCCAACGUCUCCUGCGGCUGAGCCCCAUCCGGAGCUCCACAGGGCUCACUCCUCGGACCCCGCGGACCCUGAAACGGAGACCUCUUCGGCCUCGGCCGGACCCGAGGUGGCGAAAGAGGAGACAAAUGUGGGGAAUAAGGAGAUCCCCCACAUUCCCCGUCACAUUGGGGUCCAUGUGAUGGGCGUGGACCUUCUGGCUGAGAUGAAGGCCAGACAGGAGAGAAUGGCUGUGAAGAAGGCGGCAUCGUCAGCCCUACUGGACAAUGUGCACAACAAUAAAGACGUCCAUCCUGUCAUCCAUGUGGACGCCGACGAGUCCAAACCGGAGCCAACUCCCAGGUCAAAACCACCCAGCGUCACCCCCAAACAGCCCCCACCUCAGGCCUCCAAACCUCCACUCGGGCCCCGGACCUCCGGGCCCCUCAGCCCCAUCAGUACGACCAGCCCCCGACUCUGCAGCCCCUCUGAGGAGGCGGCUGAGGCUCCAGCAGGAAGCCCGUCUACCAAAGGACCACUUCCUGCCCCCCGCCUGAAGAGGGCGCCGUCGGAGCCGGAGAGAGAGCGCAGCGACUCAGCAGGAGCCCCGUCUCUGCUGGACGGUGAGUCUUGGGAUGACGGUGGUGCGUUCGAGGCGCCUGGUCCAGCGGUCCAUCCUGGCGCCCUAGGCCGCCCGUGGUCGUCCUUGAAGAGCUCGGCCCGUCCUCCGGAGGGGAGCGAGGAGGAACCGGAGCGAGCCCAGUCCCUGCCCUCCCUCGAUCUCAGUCCAGCUGAGGACGGCGUUCCCUCUCCGGCCGCCGACCUCCAGUCCCACGACGGGUCGAAGGACGAGUCCGACGGCGCCGCUCCAGACCUUCACCCCCUGGACCCACCGGGCUCAGUCCCAGCUGUCCGGCUAAAUUAACACCAAAUCGGCCCUUUAGUGUCUCCGAUGGAGCCAUGAGGAAGAGAACCAACCCUUCUGCUGCUGCUUAGACAGGGAGGAGGUUUGGUUCUGCUGGAGAACUACUUUCAUUCUUUUAUCAUGCAGUAAUUCACAUAAAAAGGUCCACAAAUAGCUGGACGGGAUGAACAGCAAGAGAAACCAAAGAGUUCUGCUGCUGAGACAAAGCUACAAAUUUACUCGAACAGCUGAUUCAGCUUUUAUCAAAACUUUAUUUUCAUUUGAAUAGGAUAGUGUUUUUAGGCUCAUCACUGCUGCUGUUUGCUUAUUCCACGGCGCUUCCUGUGGCUCAACGUACUGCGGCACUCACGUGCCGAUGUAAAUAAAUAAGAACAUUUACGUGGGUUUAUGCUUCUGUUUGUAAAAUGAACAGUUAGAUAUACAAACUCUAGGGUUUAUAUUGUAUCAUGAGCAGGGCAUCUGAUUUAUGCUGCUGAUUCACAUUUAAGAAACAUGGUGGUGGUUUUGAUUUGAUUCGGGAAAUAUAUUAUAUUUUUAUUCUGAAGACCUGAAAGUAAACAGAUGUGUUUUUAUUGUUUAUUUGGCAUAAAAUGUACAAUCCUGGAAAUGUGACAUCAACCUGUCGGAUAUUUCUGUAUUUGUAUGUUUGGUUGACCAAUAAAUGCAGCUUCACCAUCCAGACUCCAU